GGGUAUUGUUUCUGUUUUCAAUGGAUUUGACAUCAACUUCAUCUGGAAUUGCCCAAAUGCCUGUUGUUGAUAGUUCAGACACACUUGCUGAUAGUUUGCAAUGCUACUCUCCUACUAAAAAAGAAACUUGGGAGUAUCUUGCUUUUAAAUCGGUUGAAGAGGUUGAAAAAUUUUAUGGUGAUUAUGCACUUAAAAGUGGGUUUUCAAUUCGGAUUUUGUUGAAAUCAAGAAACAAUUCACAGAAUCAGCGAACUGAUAAAAUACACUAUCUACGAUAUGGAUGUAACAAACAAGGUUACAAGAAAGGAAGUUUGCUUGAUCCGAAGAACAAGCCAAAAUCAGAGAGUCCGGUUGUGGUUGAAUUUGAGAAAGUAAAAGAAAAACCUGAGGAAAGGGUUGGUUGUACAGCUGCCAUAUCUUUGAAGUUGGAUGAAACUCUGAAUGUCUUUAAGAUAUACAAAUGGGAUGUGCCCCAUUGUCAUCCGUUACAUAAACCGGAACAUGGAUGUUACUUGAGAUCAUUCAGACAAGUCAAUGAAGUGCAAGGACAGCUUGCUGUAAUAAAUUCGAAAGCCGGGAUGUCGAUGAGAACUUCUUAUGAAGUCAUGGGUCAGGGAGUUGGAGGAACAGAUAACUUGCCUUUUCGAUUUUCAGAUUUAAAGAAUUAUCUGAUGACAAAUCGGCAAAAAGAGAUGCUAGUUGGUGAGGCAACCGUGAUUCAAGAUUUUUUUAGAAAUGAAGCUUUGUCGAAACCAUCCUUUUAUUAUGAUAUUCAAGUUGAUGUUGCGGAAGAUAUAGCUAGUAUUUUUUGGGCAGAUGGGAUUAUGCAGCUUGAUUAUGCCUUAUUUGGUGAUGUUAUAAGCUUUGAUACAACUUACCGAACCAAUAAUCAGUAUCGCCCUUUAGCUGCAUUCAUGGGCUUUGACAAUCAUCGUACAAGUGUGUUAUUUGGCGCUGCCCUGUUGUAUGACGAGACUGCAGCAACUUUUGACUGGUUGUUUACAACAUUUUUGAAAUGUAUGUCCAAUAAAAAACCACAAUCGAUAUACACGGAUCAGGCGACUGCAUUGUUGAAGUCAGUUCCAAAUAUUUUUGAAGGUGUUUUUCAUGGACUUUGCUCAUGGCAUAUGGCAGAGAAUGCAAAGAAGAAUCUCGGGUCUCGUGCAAAUAGUGCUUUUUUUGAUGAGUUGAAUAUUUUGAUUUCACAUGUUGAGACUGAAUCAGAUUUUGAUUACAAUUGGGAUCAGAUGAUGAAAACCUGUUUUGAUGGAAGGCCAACUGCAGACUUUAAGUGGCUUGUUCAAACUUACAGGAAUCGUAUGCAUUGGUCUUCAGCUUGGGUCAAAAAUCAUUUUACUGCUGGUUUGAAAACAACUCAAUUAAGUGAGUCCUUCAAUGCCUUUCUCCGUCAUUUUCUGCAGCCUGAUCAUUCACUUGUUAUAUUCUUCAAUCAUUUUAAUAUUAUGGUCCAGAGAAUGAGGGAUAAUCAUACUGAGUUAGACUUUAAGGCUGCAAACACUAGAGCAAAAAACAAUUAUCCCAACAGUCAACUGAUGCGGUCAGUUGUAAACAAAUACACCCCAACUUGCUUUGCAUUCAUUCAUAGGCAGUAUGAUUUUUCUUUCAAAUACUUUUAUGAAGAGGUCACACCCCAAGUUUCUGCAAUUGAUAAGGUUUUCAAAGUUUUUACAAUUGUACAUGUUGAUGAACCUGAGGAAGUAGAUGGUGUUAAUUAUGAUGAUGCUUGUAAUGAUGGGCCUUCAAACCGUGAUGUUUUGGAUGAAGAAGUUGCUGAAAACCUUUCCCCAAACUUUGAAAAGCAUGAUCGACUUGAUGAACGGCUUGUGACAAUUGAUAUUAGGGCCAAACGUAUUAGCUGCACAUGCCGUAUGUUUGAGAACAGGGGUUUCUUGUGUCGACAUAUUUUCAAAAUAUUGGAGUUUUUAGGUGGUUCUGUGCAAUAUCAUGGUUUGAAGACAAUACCUGCAGAAUAUGUGUUAAAGCGUUGGUGUAGAGAUGUGCGUCAGUCUGUUAAAUCUACUAUCAAUGUUGCCACUGAAGGCGCGACUCAAGCACAACGAUAUCAACAAAUUUGUGCUGUUACAGUUAACCUUUGUACACGUGUUUGUGCAGAUCCUGAGGCUUCUCAAAUUUUUCUUAAUGGUGUUCUUGAAGCUGGGAGAAAGGCAGAAGAGUUGCUUAAUUCGAAAGGUAUUCAUACAGUUCAAUCUUCCGUGACGCCACCUAAGUCAUCUUCCGUUACGCCAUCUAAGUCUUGCAAUACAACAGCUGUCAGUGAAGCAUCUGAUGCUCAAAAGUCGACUGGUCCAAAGUUCAAAAAAAGACCAAAUCCAAUUAGAUCAAAGAAACGACUUAAAAGUGAUUAUGAAUUGGCUAGAGAACACCAGAAAUUGCUUAUACACCGGAAGAGAAAACAGAGAGGGGCUGAGGAUUUAAAGGGGAAAGAGUCUGCUGAUUGAUAUUUUUACAUGUUAUAAUUUUGUAUUA